AUGUGCAGAGAGGGUGUCGAGAUGUUCGCGGUGGUUGUGUUGCUCCUUUGCAAAGCGAUCGUAAGCGAGUCGACCUGCCUGGACUCCGACAUACUGUACGUGAGAAGGCUAGACGGGCUGAAACAGACAACUUCAAAGAACUUCGAAGUUUUCAUUAACGCUUCUGAUGUUGUUGGUAUAGUGAAGCCCUUUUGGAAAAGCACCGGCUUCUGCCCGCCUGAGCCGCACAAUGACCCGGAAUUCUUCUUGGGGGACGACAUGCAACAGAACUUGAUAUACAUCGCUUCCGUUCCUGGGUACGGGACAACCCAGGUCAGGAUGCACUGGCUCCUUGACAUUGUGAAUGCCAACACCUCCUCGGAGACUGGCGGCAGUACAACGUUCGACUUCAGUUUGCUGGACACGCUGCUCGACCGGCUGCGAGCGCUGGGCCUCAAACCUGGCCUGGAGCUCAUGGGAAACCCAUUCCCGCGGCCGCUGGACUUCGAGGCGCGUGCUGACCUCGACCUAUGGAAGGAGCUCGUGGCUGCGAUGGCUCGCCACUACCUCGAUAGGUACGACGAGGAUUACGUGACGCAGUGGAAUUUCGAGUCUUGGAACGAACCGGAUCACAAGGGCUACGGAAGCAACUUCACGGAACAAGGACUGUGCAACUACUACGACGCCUGCUCAGAAGGGCUGAACGAAGCCAGUCCUCUACUGAGGCUGGGCGGUCCCGCCGAGAACCUGGCGCCCCGCCACCGCUCGCCGCUGGCCUGGGCGCUGCUCGACCACUGCGAGAGGGGCGCCCGGCUGGACUUCAUCUCCAUCCAUCAGAAGGGCAAUGCCUCCACGGGGGACAUCGUGGAAGCGGAGAUGGAAGCUCUGUCCAGGAUCCGUGAGCGCUGCCCGAGCCUUAGCACGAAACCCUGCAUCAACAACGAAGCGGAUCCCAUCAAGAAUUGGGCCGAGCCUUACCCGUGGCGCGCCGACGCCACAUACGCGGCAAUGCUGGCUCGACUGGUGAAAUCCCACCUGGCAGAGACUGGCUCGUGCGAGUCGCUGAGCAGCGACAACGGCUUCCUCAGCUACCCGCCGCAGCCCUUCAGCCAGCGCACGCAGCUGGCACGCUUCCGCAUGAACCUGACCGAGCCGCACGUACUGUUCGUGCGCAAGCCCGUGCACGCCGUGCAGGCGCUGCUGGGAAAACUGGCCAGCCGUGCUGUCUACGCGUCCGCCAGGGCUGAAGACCGGGACGACCACGGCGAACCGGGGCCCCAGCUGGACGUCAUCGCAACGGCGUCGGGGUCUUACUCGCUGUCGGCGCUGCUGUACUACAGCAACGAGUCCACGUGGGAGCCAGGUGUCGAAGCCAAGGUGUCUGUGCGCGCAGAGCUGGACUGGAGCACCGGUUCAUCGUGGGCUGUGUACCAGGUCGACAACCAGCUGACCAAUCCGUACGCAUCCUGGGUGCGCCAGGGCUGCCCGCCGUUCCCCAGCCCGCUCCAGUUGGACCACAUCAGGGCUAACGAGGAGCCCCGGCUCGUGGCGUUCGGCACCAGCGGCGCCGGCGCUGAGCUCUCGGUGGAGCUCUUGCUCCCGCUGCCCUCCGCGGCCCUGUUGCUGGCGUGCAGCGCGCACGGACCACGGCCGGCGACACCGCGGGACGUGCGUGUGCAUCGUGUGUCGAGCAACCGGACGCUGCUGUACUGGCGCCAGCCACGGGACGGAUGCACGAGCGGCUACCGGCUGCUCUUCUCGGCCCAGACCGCGGGCCCGUACGUGCCCCUGACCGAGCGGCGGCCGCUCCUUCCUCUGCAGCUGGUCGACUGCGAGCUGACUCCGGCGGCGGCCGCGUGCCGGGGCGCGGGCUUCGUGCGGGUCGGCGCCUUCAGCCUGGCCGGCGGCCGCAGCGCGCUGUCGCGGCCCGUGCCCUGGCCGCGGCCGCUCUAAUGGGC